AGUGUUUUGCGCAGAGAUCUUAGUUGGAGUAUUUGCGGUCCAUCUGUCUGCUUCGCCGGCUCUUCAACAUGGCCAAGACCGCCGAUCCGCUUGAUGAUCUUCCUACUGGAUUAAAACUUUUUAUCAAGAAUCUUCAUUCCUUGACUCCGGAAAAGCUUGAUGAUACGAAUUAUCCGUCAUGGCUCUUUAAAGUUUCUAUAAAUUUAUCGGCUCAUGGACUUAUGGGUCUCGUUGACGGCAGUAUCGUUCCUCCUCCUCCAACUGUUAGCACGGCUAAUAAAGAUGGGAAUGUAAGCAGCGUUCCAAACCCAGAAUACGAGAAGUGGUCCAUCAUCGUUGCCCAGUUAUGUGCCUGUUUACUUGCCAUCAUCACGCCUUCUGUGCAAACUACUCUUAUUGGACAUACUACUGCUCAGGCUAUUUGAAACCAACUGCAAGUGCUAAUACCGAUGUUACUCCGGAUUUGUCUCGUCUCUAUUCAUACUCUCCAUACUCUGGUAUUGAGAACGUCACCAGUGCAGGUGGUCACUCACUUCCUAUUGCUCAUGUUGGCUCAGGUAAAAUUCCUACAUCCUCUGGUAUAUUUCACCUUGGUAACCUUCUCCAUGUCCCAUCCCUGAAAUCUCACCUUCUUUCUGUUUAUCGUUUUACCAAAGACAAUAACUGCACUCUUCUCUUUAAUCCCACUGAAUUUCAGAUUCUAGACAACUCCACUCAUUGGGUGAGGUACAAAGGCCGAUGUGAGCAAGGACUUUAUAUGUUGCCAUCCAAUUAUCAACAGUCACCGUCCUUUGAGUCGUCUCCCUCCAUCCGGUCUGCGGUUGUUACAGCUCAAGACUAGCAUCGCGGUUGGGACAUCCCUCGUUAGUAGUUACAAAUAAUUUACUCUCCUUUUUAGGAAUUUCUCCAUUAUCAAAUUUGCCUUCUUGUGACUCUUGUUCUGUUUCU